AUGAGAGCAUUAGCUUAUUUCAAGAAAGGUGAUAUUCAUUUCACCAAGGAUCUCGAGGAACCUAAAAUCGUCACUUCUGAUGAAUUAAUCCUUGAUAUUAUUUACUGUGGUAUUUGUGGUACAGAUUUACACGAAUUUACAGAUGGCCCAAUUUUCUUCCCUCAUGAUGGUCAUACUCAUGAAGUUAGUGAUAUUGGUUUACCACAAGCAAUGGGUCAUGAAAUGGCAGGUAUUGUUCGUGAAAUUGGUAAUGGGGUUACAAAAUUUAAAGUAGGUGAUCAUGUUGUUGUUGAACCAACAGGUACUUGUAGAGAUCGUUAUAGAUGGCCUGAUUCUAAAAAUAAAAAUAAACCAAUGUGUUCAGCUUGUCAAAAGGGUCACUAUAAUAUUUGUUCCCAUUUAGGUUUAAUUGGUGAUGGUGUCCAAUCUGGUGGUUUUGCAGAAAGAGUAGUUGUUAAUGAAAUGCAUUGUUAUAAAGUCCGUAAAGAAAUUCCAAUGGAUGUUGCUGCAUUAAUUCAACCUAUUGCUGUUUCAUGGCAUGCAGUUAGAGUGUCUAGAUUUAAACCUGGUUCUUCUGUAUUAAUUUUAGGUUCAGGUCCAAUCGGUCUAGGUACUAUUCUUGCAUUAAAUGGUCAUGGUUGUUCUGAGGUUGUUGUCUCCGAACCUGCUAAGAUCAGAAGAGAUUUUGCAGAAGGUAUGGGUGCAAUUGUAUUUGAUCCAUCUGAUGGUGAUGAUGCUACUAAUAUUCCAUUGUUGCGUUCAUUGGCUCCAGGUGGAGAUGGGUUCGAUUAUACUUUUGAUUGUUCAGGUACUCCAUCUACUCUAAAAGCUUCGAUUGAAUGUUUAACAUAUAACGGUACUGCAGUUAAUGUUGCUAUGUGGUCAGUUGAUCAUCCUGUUGAUUUCUUCCCAAUGGAUAUCACUAAACAAGAAAAAUUCUAUACUGGUUCAAUGUGUUAUACACAUGUUGAUUUCGAAGCCGUUAUCGAGGCAAUUGAAGAUGGCCGUAUCGAGGUUGCAAAGGCUAAGAAAAUGAUUUCAUCAAGAGUUCCAAUUGAGCGUGGUUUUGAAGACGCUAUGAUGAAACUAAUUACUCAUAAAGAACAAACUAUCAAGAUUCUGCUGACCCCAAACAAUCAUGGUCAACUAGAAGGUGAUGGUACAGACAUCUACGAUUAA